AUGCGACUCAUCUCAAGUCUGGUCGUUGCUUGCGGACUGAGUGCGCGAUUGACCUCGGCUUUGGGAGAAAAGCGGGUCAUCGCUUUCCCUCCCGACUCACUCGAACAACCAUCUAGCACCUCACAAACGGUCUUCUCCUCGACCGAUCAGAAGAGCUCCGAUCACUUCCUGUUGGCUUCACGAUCAGAACGAUAUGCCGCGCCACUUCUACUCUCGUCAUCUGACGAUAUCGCCAUACACAUCGCAGCUCAAGCUUUCGCCCACGAUGUCUACCGUGUUACCGGUAUCAGGCCACAUAUAUUCAACGAUUCCUUGCCACACGAUGUUCAAAGAGCGAUCAUCGUCGGUACAGCUGAUAACGAGUUUGUGCGACAUCUCAGAACCAGUGAAUACGCCGAAGACCUGGUUGGUAAAUGGGAAAGUUACGAUGUCAGGGUAGCUGAAAAGCCCAUACACGGAGUUGAGACUGGUCUUGUAGUCGUAGGAAGUGACAGACGAGGUGCUAUGUAUGCUCUAUACACCCUUACGGAACAAUUCGGGGUAUCACCUUUCCACUUUUGGGCAGAUGUGCCAGUUCGGCCCCAGGACAAUUUAGCCUACCUCUCUUCCGAAAUACUGUCCCACGGCGAACCCACUGUCAAAUACCGAGGACUUUUCAUCAAUGAUGAGCAUCCCGCUCUCUGGAGUUGGGCCGCACAAAGAUACAAGGUAAGAUGGGGAGAACCGGCUUUCUUACCAGAUAUGUAUGAAAUGUGGUUUGAUAUGAUGUUGAGAUUGAAAGCCAAUUACUUUUGGCCUGCUAUGUAUGCUUCAAUGUUCGAUGUUGACGGUCUCAACGUGACCGAAGGCUUCCCUAAAGAACCCAUUCCUGGGCCCAAUCAAGUACUCGCCAAUAACAUGGCUAUCGUUAUGGGUACUUCGCACCAUGAACCAAUGGCAAGAAACAAGCCUGAGUGGGACCGAGAAGGUAAAGGCACAUGGGAUUGGACCAACGAUGAAUUCCUCACCAAUUGGUGGACUUACGGAGCAGAAAGGGCAGUGGGUAAAGAGACAAUGUUUACUUUGGGAAUGAGGGGUGAUGGCGAUAUGCCUCUUACUGGUGCGAGUAAUGCUCUGGUCGAGAAUAUCACCUCGGUUCAGCAAGGUAUCCUCAAGAAAACUCAAGGAAAAGAGCUCAGUGAUAUUCCGCAAAUGUGGUGUAUGUACAAAGAGGUGGCGGAGUAUUAUAUCAACGGACUUCAAGUACCAGAAGACGUCAUAACCCUUUUUGCCGACGACAACUGGGGUAACGUCAUGACUGUUCAACCUCCAGGUACAGAGCAUAAGGCAGGUGCUGGUAUCUAUUAUCACGUAGACUAUGUUGGUAUGCCAAGAGCCUAUAAAUGGAUCAACACUAUCAAUCUAGCCAAGACUUGGGAACAAAUGACAAUCGCUGCUGCAUUUAACACCACUUCCAUCUGGAUCCUGAAUAUCGGAUCUCUUAAACCGCUCGAGUUGCCUACUGAACACUUUCUCUCGCUCGCUUGGGACCUCGAUGCUUGGGGUAUCAACUCUGUCGAGCGAUUCCUUCAAUUAUGGGCAGAAAGAGAAUUUGGUUCGAAAGAUAAAGAGGAGGUCGCGGACAUCAUGAUGAAGUAUUCCAUGUAUUCGUCAAGGAGAAAGGCUGAAGAUGUCUACCAAUCCCUUCCUGAAGAUACAAAGCCUGCUUUCUAUGAACAGGUGUAUCUACUCUGUCUAUUCCAGACCAACUUGAAUAAGAUAUACAUUGCUGCCGAAAGAUCAAACUUAUAUGCUGCUCAAGGAAGAAAUAGCGCCAAUAUUUAUGCCAAACAAGCCACAGAAGCUUUCUUCCACGAUAGCGAGUUGACUGAAUCGUUCCAUAGUAUGCUUGACCGAAAAUGGGAUCACAUGCUCGAUCAAACCCAUAUCGGUUGGAACUCAUGGUUAGAACCUAUCAAGGAUAUAAUGCCACCUGUUUCAUUUGUCAACCCUUCAUCUUACGCCCGGGAAGGAAUCCCUAUCCCCGAACUAGGUUAUGGCGUAAUUACCAAUAUUCGGGUGACCUACGAAAACUCAAGAGGAUCAUGGCCUGGAAAUACCGCUUUCAAUUGUGCUAAAGGUGAACAUUGUGAUACCCCGGAACUCCUCCCUUUGGAUCCGUUCGGAGCAAAGAGUAGAUGGAUCGACGUAGGUGCUGCCGGUCCUCGUACCACAAAAUGGAAGGUCAAGAGUGACGAUUGGAUCAUUGUUGAACCAAGAGAAGGUAAAGUCAAGAUGGAUGGAAGUGAAGAUACAAGAAUCCGAGUUUCUGUUGAUUGGAAAAAAGCUCCCAAGUCUGGGAAAGGAACUUUCCAUCUUGAAGCAAGUGACGGAUCGGAAGUCACUAUCCUUGUACCAGUAUCGAACUAUUCUCGACCACCAAAGAGUUUCAGCGGCCACGUUCAAGGAGAUGGGUAUGUCGCGAUUGAAGCAGGUCAUCAUGUUGGUAAUACUUCUAAGGAGGCAUACGCUUUCCACGAAAUGAUAGGAUACGGUCGAACAUUGAGUGGACUUGAAAUGUUCCCUAGAACCACUCAAAAUUUCACAGCAGGAGAAGGUCCCAGUCUAUCGUACGACUUCUGGGCUCAUGAAGCUCAAGAAGUAGAAAUCAACAUUCAGAUAGGACCAACUCUUAACUUCUUAGGUAAAAAUAAUACACUUGCUUUCGGUUUCCAAAUUGAUGAUCAACCAGUCAAAACCAUAAAUCCAAUUCCCAUUGAACCUCUUGGUUUCGCUAGAGAUAGGCCGUAUAAUAAACCAGUCGCCAUUGGAGCUGUACCAAAAGAUUGGAUCGAGAUCGUCAAGAACGAAAUCCGAGAAGUCACAUUGACCGCAGAGCUGGAUAAAGAAGGAGAACAUAAAAUUACUUUAUAUGGAAUGACAACAGGUAUCGUAUUCGAAAGGAUACUCGUAGAUUUCGGAGGCAUUAAGGAAAGAGGAUAUAGUUAUCUUGGACCACCAGAAAGUGUUCGAGUCUGA